AGCAUUUGCAGCAGUUGAGAUAGAUUCUCAAUAUUCAAAGCCUUCAAAGCCAUCACUGCCAUUCGAUUUUCGUCCAAUUGGCUGAAUACAGUAUACGAAACCAAUCUCCAAAAAUGCCAUCAACAGGUAAACGCAUCGUCUUCACUGGAGGUUCUGGGAAGGCCGGUUUGCAUGUUUUGCCAGAACUAGUCAAACGCGGCCACCAAGUACUCAAUCUCGAUCUCGUGAAUUUUCCCGACCCAGAUGCCGGCAUCUUCACCCUCAAAACCGACUUGACAGACAGUGGUCAAGUCUUCAAUGCCUUGACAACCCACUUCAACUUUGAAGGCUACGAAGGCCCUAACGUCCCCGGUCCCCCUGAUGCGGUCAUCCAUUUCGCCGCAUAUGCGAGGAACAUGCUGGUCCCAGACAACGAAUGCUUCAGGGGAAACGCCACGUCAACGUACAAUGUCAUCGAGGCAGCUUGUAAACUAGGCGUCAAGAAGAUCAUCAUCGCCAGUAGCGAGACAACAUACGAAGUCUGCUUCGGCCAGGGCGAUCUCUCAUACACGGCCUUCCCCCUCGACGAGGACGCAGACUUGAACCCCAUGGAUACGUACGCCAUCUCAAAGCUCGUCGGCGAGCGUGUAGCCCGAGGGUUUGCCCGGAGGUUCAACGCCGACAUCUAUGCCCUGCGCAUCGGGAAUGUGAUCGAACCUCAUGAGUACGCGCGCGAUUUCCCAAAGUACGUCAACGAUCCCAAGUGCCGGAAGCGAAAUGCAUGGAGUUACAUCGACGCGAGAGAUCUAGGCCAGAUUUGCCAUCUUUGUGUGGAGAAGGACGGUUUGGGUUUCCAAGUUUUCAAUGCUACGAAUGACAGCAUCACUACAACGGUUCCUACCAAGCAGUUUUUGAAGGAGUCGUGCCCGGAUACGCCUAUUACGAGGGAGAUGGGUGAGUGGGAGGCGCCGUUGAGCAACAAGAAGAUCCGCGACGUGUUAGGGUUCAAGGAGGAGCAUGACUGGAAGAAGUACUACAACCCUGGUUCGUAGUGUGGGUGUUGUAUGGGAGCACUUUAGAUGGCAUUUUGCGGGGUUGCUCAGUGAAAUUCUUCGAUAGUUUCCGAUGUCGGAAAGCUGUUCUACUAAAGUUGUGUGCGUGCAGUGGGUUUGCUCGAAUGGCGAACACGUUGUCGGCAGUUUAUGCACUCUGUAGAAAUGG